AUGAUGAUGAUGUCGGGUUGGUUUUUCGCCAUUUCGAUACUCGUGAUAAGUAUUAGUGAGACAAUCAGGUGGAUUUAUAGGUGGAGGAACCCUAAAUGUAAAGGAAUACUGCCUCCAGGUUCGAUGGGGCUCCCACUCCUAGGGGAGACCCUUAGUUUUAUUGUCACGGCCAACUCCAUAGACAUCCAUCCUUUUGUAAGGAAAAGAAUGAACAGGUACGGUCCGCUGUUCAAAACAAGCAUAGCAGGUCGAUCGAUAGUGGUGUCGACGGAUCCCGAUUUCAAUGACUUCGUGUUCCGACAAGAAGGUAAACUAGUUGAGAUGUGGUACAUGGAUUCCUUCGCGAAGCUGCUUCGCCAAGAUACAACAGCAGCAAGUGGCCACGUCCACAAAUAUCUGAGGCACCUUGUCAUGAGCCACUUCGGCGUUGAAACGCUUAAAACCAGGCUGCUGCCUCAACUAGAAUGUGCCAUAAACCGUGGAUUGCAGGAGUGGGCUAAGCAGCCUAAUGUACAACUUAAAGACCAAACCGCUGCUAUGAUAUUUGAGUUUACUGCAAAGCACAUGCUUAGUUAUGAUCCUGAAAGAUCAUCGGACGAUAAUAUAGUGGGGAAUUUAUCAAACUUUCUGGAAGGACUGAUGUCAUUUCCUUUACGAAUACCCGGCACUGCGUUCUAUAGAUGUAGACAGAGGCAGCAGAAGGUGAUGAAAGUAAUAAGUAAAAUAGUGGAAGAGAGGAUGAAAAGGUCAAAUUCCCAAGGAGAUUUUGUGGACGAAAUGGUGGAAGACAUGAGGACAGAAACAUUCAUGACCAAGGAGUUUGCUAGUCAUGUUCUUUUUGGAAUCCUCCUGGCCAGCUUUGAGACUAUUUCUUCCACUGUUGCCUUGGCCAUCAACUAUUUAUCUGAACAUCCUUCUUUGCUACAACAACUUACGGAGGAGCACGAGGAAAUUCUUAAUAAGAGAAGAGGUGGCAAUCCUGGAGGUACAGAUGGACUUGUAUGGGAAGAUUACAGAUCCAUGAAUUUUACUCAUGACGUGGUCAAUGAGUCGCUGAGACUAGCAAAUGUUGCUCCUGGGAUCUUAAGAAGGGUUAUAAAAGACAUUCAUGUUAACGGAUACACAAUACCGAGAGGUUGGGCUAUUAUGGUUGUGUCUGCAGCUCAACAUCUUAAUCCCAACACCUUUGAAGAUCCUCUUACCUUCGACCCUUCAAGAUGGAAGAACACGGGAAGCAAUGCCAAGGCCAAAAAUUUCAUGGCGUUUGGAGGAGGCGGUAGGACAUGUGCAGGAGCAGAUUUCAGCAAGGUCCUGAUGGCUGUAUUUUUACAUGUCUUGGUCACCAAAUACAGGUGGACAAAGAUCAAGGGAGGAGACGUGGUUCGUUCGCCCACUCUAGGAUUUGCCGAUGGUUUCUACGUUAGCGUUUCACCAAAACAUGCAUCAAACAUCGAAGAAUAA